UCCUUACAGGAAGUAUGGUUGCCAGGCAAGUUCCACUCACCAAGGCAUAAGGUAAACCAGCUGGAAGACGUGUAUGGUCAAAGCAGCAGAGRAACUUCAGCGAGCUAUUCCUAAAAUCUAACUUUCGGCAUUUAUUUUGAAGCAGCUUGCACGUAAAGAAAUAAACUAAUAUCCUGCUGCAAAAAUGUCUGUCGCAGGCUUCAAGAAACAAUUUUAUAAAGCCAGCCAGAUGGUGAGUGAGAAGGUAGGGGGUGCAGAAGGAACCAAGCUGGAUGAAGACUUCAAAGAUUUGGAGAAGAGGGCAGAUGUUACCAGCAAAGCGGUGGUUGACCUAAUCUCUAAAACCUCUGAGUACCUGCAGCCCAACCCAGCGUCCAGGGCCAAGCUGACCAUGCUGAACACAGUGUCUAAGAUCCGGGGCCAGGUGAAGAGCCCUGGCUACCCCCAGGCUGAGGGGCUGCUGGGGGAGAGCAUGGCCAAGUUCGGACGAGAGAUGGGAGAGGACACCAACUUUGGUGGGGCCCUGGUGGACGUGGGCGAGUCCAUGAAGAGGCUGGCCGAAGUCAAGGACUCUCUGGAUAUCGACGUCAAGCAAAACUUUAUCGACCCACUGCAGGCCGUCGUCGACAAGGACAUCAAAGAUAUCCAGCAUCUUCUGAAGAAGCUGGAGGGCAGGCGUCUGGACUACGACUAUAAGAAGAAGCGGCAGGGGAAGAUCCCAGACGAGGAGCUGAGAUCGGCCCUGGAGAAGUUCCAUGAGUCCAAAGAGAUGGCUGAGAGCUCCAUGCACAACCUGCUGGAGACUGACGUGGAGCAGGUGAGUCAGAUGGCUUCUCUGGUGGAAUCCCAGCUGCAGUAUCACAAACAGGCCGUGCAGGUUCUGGAGGAGCUGACUGACAAACUCCAAGACCGGGUGAACGAGGCCCAGUCUCGCCCCAGGCGUGAGUACACUGCUAAACCCAAACCCUCCUUUGACUACGGCGAGCCGGAGCACUCAAACGGAGGAUACUCCCCCACUGCCAACCCCCCUUCCUACUCAUCCGCCCCCCUUGUAGAAGUUCCAUCCUUCCACAGAACACCGUCCAUGAAGAACAAUCAACACUCCUCUGAGCCGUGCGCUAAGGCAUUAUAUGACUUUGAUCCGGAGAACGAGGGUGAGCUGGGCUUCCGCGAGGGCGACAUCAUCACGCUGACCAACCGCAUCGACGAGAACUGGUUCGAGGGCACACUCCACGACCAAUCAGGAUUCUUCCCCAACAACUACGUAGAGGUGGUGGUGCCCCUGUAACGCUCAGAGAGGAGAAGAGCAUGAGAGGGAGGGAGAUGGGAGACGAGGGGGCAUCUCAAUUGUCUGAAGUGGGUCACUGGUCUAAAUAUAAGGAGAUCUCGGCAUGAGGAAAGUAGCUGAGGAGAGGUCACUUUAGAUUGAGAUUCACCCAAUGAUGGAUGGACAGAAAAGUGAGGGAGACAGGAUAUGGAUGCUGACGGAGGGAAAAGUUAGUACAACAUUGGGGUUGGGUGUAUCUUUGUUUUCAUUCUCUAUGCACCUGUGCACUUUCUACUCUUCACCUCCCUUACCGGGAGAUCUGAAGAAGGGGUUCCUAGAGGAGAUGUUUGUGUUAUUAUGCGUGACCUGUACCUAUGAACACUACCAGGCUAUGCUGUAAGCAGACCUAGGGGGAAAAACUGCAGCAAAAUUGCCUUGCGAUUGUUGCCUUUAAUCACUCAUUUACUUUACGUUGUCCUCAUUUCUAGGCAGAAGUGUUUAAAUAUGUGUUACUCUUCCACGAGUGGGAAUUAAAAGGCUGUUUCAUUUUAAUGCACACACGCCCUCUUCUUUUAUAGACAAACACAAGAGGUGGAGCGUGAGAUGGAUCUCUGUUUUAGCACUUACAUGCUGCCCUCUGCUGGUCUACGUGUGUUAUACCGUCAGGAGUAGGAUGAAGUUGCAAUAGAUACUGAUCCGUUUUGCGUGUUACCCCCCUAAUGGUUUAUUUCAUGGUCCUUUUUUCAAACUCAUAAUCUAUUCCAUACUUGUCAAAUGUGAUUGUUCUGCUUGUAUGUGGAAUAACUAGCCUGUUUCUACUGAAGCCAACGUGGCCAUUGUCUUGGUAUGGCAACAAUAUGGGGUUGAGCACCGAGGCUAGUGAAUAACUGUAGUGAAUGGUCCUUUUCUGUUGGCGUACACACAGCUCUGCUGGUCAGAGUUGUACUACGUCUCUGAACACUAUCUCUGUUUAGUACUGUUACUGCUGCUAGGCUGCCUUUCAUAGACUCUGUCUGCAAUACCCCUCUGCCUUCCUCUCCUCUGUAUCUCUGCCUUUACACUAACUUUUACAUGGUCUAAUUAUCAAAAAAGGGGACAUUUUGCUUGAGCCCUGCCUCUCUCCCAUCACUACAGAACUCUCCCUCUCUCUCCACUCCUUCCCUAGAACAUGCAGCUUCACUACCAAAAUAAACCGAAUGUGCAUUUUGGCAUGUUCCUGUUAACUUAAUGUGUACAUGUUUCUCUUGUUGUCUAUUAUAUAACAGGGUUCAGACCACCUUUGUCAGUUUUUGUGGACAUGUGUCGUUGUCAAAAACUAUUCUAAUGCCAUUGGUGACUAAUUAUAUGUGUAUGUUUUUCACACUACAUUUGGAGCUGGGGUAGAUCUACCAACCCCCCCCCACUGGAGUACCAUAUUAUUUAGAUAUUAUGAAAAUAAGUAUUAUCUUAACAUUAUUUUAAUAUACAGAAUCAUAUUGGAAGGUGUCCAGUGUAAAUUGCUAGUAGCCUGCAUGUGUGUCUAUAGGUAAUGCCUUGGUUUAGCRAUUUAAUGCCUCAUUUUGAGGCUCUUUUUUUGUUGUAACUGUGACACUCCAGCGAUCGAGGCUUGAACCAAUUCAGGAUUAUCUUUUUAUAUGGAUUAUCUAUAUUAUCUUUGUAUUGUCAUAAUCUCCUGUGUAUUGUAUAUUUUUUGUGAUGAUGUAAAGGGGAAAGGAGGCUGUCCUUUCAAUUGUUAAAUAAAUAUAAAGUGAAGUGGC